ACGACCCUGCGCAUGCUCCAGCUCCCCUUUCACAGUUAGCGAGAGAAAUCUGUCACCUCAGCAAAGCCAAGAACCCUGUAGUAGCCUUCAAUAUUCGCGAACUUCGACUGCAUUGAUCAACAUCGGGGAGUUAACUCUCAGGCUACGUGCUUUUAGAAUCCGUUUCUAGCUUUUUAACGCCUGUUGAUAGAAAGUAGGAGCAGAAUGGCGAGCAGUUCUAAACGGAAAGAGGAAAGUCACCUGCUGAAUGGGGCUGUGAAACAAUCCACAUGGAGCAAAGCCUUCUCCGGUAACGCUGUUUGGGAAGAAAAGGAUGAGUUUUUGGAUGUGAUUUAUUGGCUCCGACAAAUUAUUGCUGUUAUCCUUGGUGUGAUAUGGGGUGUUGCACCUUUGAAAGGAUUUCUAGGAAUAGUAAUUUUCUGCGCCAUCAAUGCGGGGCUCCUGUACCUAUACUUCAGUAGCUUUCAGCAGAUUGAUGAAGAAGAGUAUGGAGGCACAUGGGAACUCACCAAAGAAGGCUUCAUGACAUCUUUUGCCCUUUUCCUGGUGGUGUGGAUAAUCUUUUACACAGCUCUUCAUUUUGACUGAGAGAUGCAUGAGGAUAUAAAUAAGAACAUUUUUGUUAAAGUAAGUUGACGGACUGAAGAACUUCAAAAAGUGGGGGUGUGAGUGCUCUACACUAAGACGUCUCUCUCUGUGCAGCAUUAUGGGAAUGCUAAAUAUCGCUAAAUGACAUCCAGCAAGAACACAGGGAUGAAGACGUUCAGAUGCUGUACAUCUUUUUCAUUUGAGACUUCUGUUUUUUUUAAGGACAUAUUUCAUUAUACUUCCCAAAUUGUUUAUUUCUUCAUGUGUUCAUGAAAAAAGAAACAAACACUAAAGUUGCAGAAGGUAAAACGUGUUUUAGGCAGGUUACAUUUCUGUUUGUUUCGUACAGUACGAUUAUGUGAAACAGCUCGAUCAGCUUACUUCAAAUGUAUGACUGACUUGAUUUCAGUCUUUAUAUACUGCAAAGAUAACAAGCGAUGGCUACCAAUUUCUGUUUAUCGGUUAUAGGUGGCUCAGUGAAGUUUUAGGCAUAGGACAUUAAACACAAAAGUAUCAUUUCAAUAUAUGGGUUCAGUCUGUGUGAAUUAUUUUAAAUUUAAUGUCAGAUAAAAGAAACUACCGUUCAUAUAGUAGAAUAACUCUGAAUCUUGUAUUUUAAUCCCUGCUCUGAAUUUUUUACAGCUAAAUUAUUUUUGACUAAAUAAGUCGUGAUUACCAGUUAGUGUGUUUCUUUAGCUUAAAGGUUUAUGUAGUUUGUC